AUGAUGAGUAUCAUAUUCUUUUUCAUGUGUUUGGUGGCUAGUAUUACUGGCCAUAGGGGCUUGGAGAUAGAGAAAGAGUUAAAAGUUAUCAAUAAAACUCCUAUCAAGACUAUUCAUACAAAAUUUGGUUACAUUAUUGAUUGUGUUGAUAUUAAUAAGCAACCAGCCUUUGAUCAUCCAUUGCUUAUGAAUCAUAAGUUGCAGAAAAAACCCAGCUUUUUAAAUAGCUUCAAGAAAAAUAAUGGAAAGAAUUCAUCAACUACGACUACACUCGGGUUUCACAUAGAGCGAUGUCCAGUUGGAACUAUUCCUAUUAGGAGAACAACAUCUGAUGAUUUAUUUCGAGGAAAAUUAUAUUUUGACAAUAUUUUAUCUGUAGAGACUCCGGGUAAACAUGUUGCCGAAGUAACUCUUACACCUUCGACUUACUAUGGAGUUGGUGGAACAAGUAGUGUUUAUAAUGUAAAAGUCGAGAAAGGUCAAUCAAGUGCAGCAGUGAUAUGGGUUAAAAGUGGAUCUUCAGACAGCACAAAUUAUAUCGGCAUUGGAUGGCAUGUGGCUCCAGAAUUAUACAAUGAUGAUGGAACUCAUUUAUAUGUAGUAUGGACGACAGAUAAUUUCAAGACUGGCUGUUACAAUUUACAAUGUCCGGGUUUUGUUCAAACUAACAGAGAUGCACACCUUGGUGGACGAUUUGAUAAAACGUCCACCCAAAAUGGAGAGAUGGUUGAAAUUGAAAUAUCUAUAUAUCAGGAUCCUAAUACAAAAAAUUGGUGGAUAUACAAUUCACAAAAGUUGUUGGGAUAUUUUCCAUCAUCUAUAUUCUCCAACUUGAACUCUGCUAGUGAAGUAGGGUGGACUGGUCAGACAAGAGCUCCUGUGAAUGCUCCUAGUCCUCCAAUGGGUUCAGGAUCAUAUCCUGAUAGAAAUAUCCUCCAUGCAAGUUAUUUUACACAUAUUUCAUAUCAAGAUGAUUCUAGAACGAACCGUGAACCUAAUAAGGAAUCGACAAGAACAUUCUCUGAUGCACCUAAUUGCUAUCGUGCUGAAUAUUAUGGAGAUGAAGGGAGUGAAUUUGGAUAUACUCUUCAAUUUGGAGGACCUGGGGGUAAUUGUGGUAAUUAA